UUUGACAAAGCGUUCAUGAGAGGACUUGCUUUGAGUGUGAAGGCAGGAAAUAAAGCACGCAACCCUGCUUAAUGGCACAUUGUGCGCAACAGGGAAGUGAACCUUGGCUGUCUUUCUGCGCUCGGCGCUGAAUUUUAUCCGCCCUGCUCUCGAAGCUGACUUUCUCUUCGCCAGAAAUAAGGAAAAAAAAAAAAAAAAAAACCAAACGACUUUUCUUCUUUUUGACUCCAAAGUAAACGUCAGGACUAUGGCCUGCCAGUCGGAGAACUUCUAAGCAAAAGGAAAAAGAAAAGGCGACGACCUUAAUAACUGUCCGUGUUUUGAAACCUAAACUUCACUCAAGAGCAGCUUAACCAUGGCCCAGUGGAUGGACAUGACUGUUCUGCUUACUCGCUUGGAUGAGGCUACAGUCAACAGCCUCUACCACCCAGAUGUCUUCCCACUUGAAGUUAGACAUUAUCUUGCUAACUGGAUUGAAGAGCAGAGAUGGGAUGAGUUUUCCCUAGGAAAUGCCCAUCAAGAGGAACCGGCAAAGGCUCGCAUGAACCAGCUCCUCCAUGUUUUGGCAAUGGUUUCUGAGCAGAAUGUUACCAAUAUAGUGGAAAGGAUGAAACUGACGCAUAUAAGCAAGUACUUGGUUUCUCGGCCACCUCUGGAGUUUGUUGUGAUGAUCAAAAAUGUUCUAGAGGAGGAGAAGGCUCUCCUCAAAAAGCACAACUUCAAACCGAGGGGUCUUCAACAUAAAUUAAAAAGUCAUGAAGAGGAUAUAAAGAAACUGAUGAGCGAUGUGGUUUUGGCCCAGUCAAUCAGAAAAAGAAAGCAUCAGCUCGAAGAAGAAUACAACUGGGAGAAGCAAAACUAUGAAACUUUGCAAGUCCAGUAUAAACAGAAUGGAUCAGGACUAAGUAGGGAAAUGAUGCAUCUCAAGCAAAAAUGCGAGCGCCUUAAGACAGAGCAUGUUCAGCAAACAACGGAUCUUUUAGACCUGCUGAGAACCUGUGUGGAAAAUCUGAAAACGAGUCAGGACAAUUUCAUCAGUAGGCUGAAUACAUGGAAAGUGGAGCAGCACAAAUCUGUUAUAGGAUAUCCCUUUAAUGAUGACCUCUUUCCACUGCAGACCUGGUCUGAACAGCUGCUUGCAAUAAACAGUAACCUUUACCAGGAGGCAAUGCUGAUUAAUGAACCCAUCCAAGAAAUCAAAGAAGAGCUGAAGGCAUGUCUUAAGGAUCUGAUUGAAAGCUCUUUUGUUGUGGAAAAACAACCGCCUCAGGUCAUAAAAACACAGUCAAAAUUUUCAGCAACUGUGAGAUACCUGCUGGGGGAAAAACUAAUACCUGGGACACCUGUGACGGUCAGGGCACAGAUUAUUAAUGAAAACCAGGCUAGAAACUUGAGCCUUGCAUCUGGUGAAAAUGUUGGAGAACUUAUCAACAAUACAGCUGUCAUGGAUAAAAAUACAGCCUCCAGGACCACAAAUGCCACCUUCAGAAACAUGUCUAUUAAGAAAAUAAAGCGAGCAGACAGGAAGGGAGCUGAAUCCGUGACAGAGGAGAAGUUUGCCCUCAUGUUCACUGCAAACAUCGCAAUCACAAAUUAUGAAGUGCCUUUCAGGAUACAGAUAAUCUCUCAGCCUGUUGUCAUCAUUGUUCACGGGAGUCAGGACAACAACGCAGUAGCCACGAUCAUAUGGGACUGUGCAUUUGCUGAACCAGAGAGAUUACCCUUCGUUGUCCCUGACCGUGUACCUUGGAAGAUGAUGGUUGAAACUUUGAACUAUAAAUUCCGCUCAGAGGUCCAAACCAAUCACGAACUUGACCCUUUCAACCAGCACUUCUUAGCCCAGAAGAUUUUUGAUCAGCCUGAAUAUACAGAUGACUUCAGCAACAUGAUGGUUACUUGGUGCCAGUUUAACAAAGAGGUUCUCAUGGGUCGAAAUUUCACUUUUUGGCAGUGGUUUGAGGGAGCAAUGGAUCUCACUAAGAAACAUCUGGCGUCCUACUGGAGUGACGGGCUUAUCUUCGGCUUCAUUGGGAAGCAACAUAUACACCUGAUUCUCAAAGAGUGUCACAGUGGAACUUUCCUGCUUCGCUUCAGUGACUCUGAGAUCGGAGGCAUCACCAUCGCCUAUGUGACUUAUGAAAAUGGGAUGCCACUGUUCCAGAACAUUCAGCCUUUCACCAAGAGAGAUCUUGAGAUACGCAGCCUUGGUGACCGCAUUCGAGACAUAAAUGAGAUCACGUACCUUUAUCCUAACUUGCCAAAACAUGACGUUUUUAAAAAGUACUACUCAGGACGUCCAGCGCCAAACAUGUCUGGCUACAUUCCUGUGUCUCUGCAGACUAAAGUUGGAGAGGAACAUCCGCCGGGAGGAAUCUACCCAUUGUAAGAUUACUUUCAUAGACAAGUUAAUCAUUUGAGUGGCAGAGAUGGAAACACAAGGGGAAAUAAGCAAGCAUGUCUACACAAAUUAUUGUACUUAUUUUAAUUAUAAUUGUAAUUAGAAUUUAUUAUGCCAUUAAUUGAUUAUAGCAACAGCGUACUCAAGACUUAAGACUUGACUUGCAAAAAAUGACCUGUGAACAAGUCUGCUAUUGUGUGUUAAAAUGUACAUGGCAUGACACUAUAUUGAAAGAUCCUCUAUUAUUUUAUUUUUUGUUAUAAUUAGAAGAUAGGGCUACUGUUUUUUAAUUCCUGAUUCCUAAAAUCGUGAAAUUCUGAUGAGUUGUUUUUUUUUCCGAGUCAUUGUCUAGUAUAUUUAAUAUAUCAUCAUCUCAAUUGGAGAGUUGUGAAUUGAUUGGAAUCAUAUUUUGACAUACAAACAGAUCAAUAACACAAUUAUAGUUGAUUUAGACCCAUAAGACAGCAGAUAAAAAAGGUUUAGGUGUGUUUAAACAUUUUUUUGUGGCUUAUUUCAAAAACUUAUAUGUAAGAUGAAUAUAACUAUAGGCCAUUAUACUGAAUAGCUAUAGGUAUUUGAAUUCAGGGAUUUUUUAGGUUUAGGUUUUAGGACGGAACAACAGUAUUCUAGUGUCUGUGUAGGACACAUUUGGCUUUAGGUGAAUGUUAACAUAGCAAGGACUUUAUUUAUUUUUUAUUCUAAGUAUGCAAGUAUUUGGUUAUCUAUCUCAUGACCUUACUAACCUCAUUUUUCCUUAAAAUUUAUUUUUAAGGGACGAAAAUUUGCCAGACUUGAGCCUGCCCAUGGAGGAAUUCAAUGCGGCUUUGGGGAACUUACAGAUUCCUGAUGAUGAUACUGUGGACGCUCCUGCCUUGCCAACUGCAUCAGAUUCGAUGGAUUAUGAUUUUUUCUCCCUGAACUGUUAGAAAAAUCUCCUACUGGCUGAUUUUUGAGAUCAAGACAGAUUGCAAGUAAAGAGUGAAGACAACCUUAGCCUACAUGACUCAAAUGCUACAGUAUGAUCUGAGUGUAAAUAGAAACUCUUGUGAGUCUAAAUAUAUAUUUCUGUUUAAGAGUGGUAAAAUGUGAUCAUUGCCACUAAAGCUAAAGUUUGUGAUGGGAAUGGCCGCUAUACUCAAAUAAUCGCCAGUAAGUAUUUGUUCCACAUCGCACUGGUCUAAAGUUUCCAAUGAAAGUCUCCCAAAUCGUUAUUUGACUCAUUUUACCUAUGUAGUGCUUUCAUUCAUCUCUGUUUCAAAAUCUGAAACACUUAGAUUGAACAAUCCAGAAAUGGAUUCUACUUCUAUUGUCCAAAAUAACUUUGAAACCAUUUUAGAAAAAUAGGACAAUUAUAGUCAAACGAGAACUGUUCAAUAGUUGUUGCUAUCUUCCUUGUUGUGCUUUCUCCAGCAAACAAAGAUUGUAUGUAUGUUAAAUGAACCUAAAUUCAAGAUUGAUAUGACAUCCCUGCUUCGAUUUAAGUAUUUAUCUCUGCUACUAAUCUAAGGAACCUAAUAUUAUAAAUUCACUUUGAGUACUUUAAAGCAACAACCCAUCUGACUAAAAGGGCUUUUCAUGUCAUUUGUUUUUUAUUCUUAAUGGUGCAGUUAUUAUGUCGCUAUAUGGGGGCUGGAGGAUGUGUUCACACUUUAUUAUUUUCCUUCCUUUGCUUGUAUUAAGCUAAAUAAGAUAAUUGUACAGCAGCAAGCUCUGUAAGCCAUAAUCUACUGGAACCUAUCAGAUGUUAUUCUAUUCUUGUUAUCUUGUUUUGUGUUUAGUAAGGUAGGGUGUCAUUUAUUGGAUUGUAUUUUACAAUAGUAUAACCUGUCUUUACUACCUAAGUACUUACUACAGCAUGUUAAACAUUUUAAUACCAAAUAAUAGUACACAAUAUAGAUGCUGCAGCUGGGGUUUAGACCGAGUUAUUGUUCUUUGUUAAAGUGGGCUUUGGUAACACAACAAACAUUUGGCUUUUCCGUCACUGCUUAAUGCAGUACUAUACCAUGUUGAUGGACACUCAUAACAGAUGGCAGAUGCGCUACAGGUUGUGGGUAAGGCUUUGGUUAUAACUGCGUUAAAAACUUUUAUUUGUUAUUAUAUUUAUAUGUCAAGCUCUAGCUGCUGGUAUUUUUCCAAAAAGCUUAAGUAAACACACACUGCUGUACAUGCAUACAGCUAUCUCAUAUUAUUAGUACACAGGAUGGAUCAUUGGCCCAUCACAAAGACACACAAAACUACAUCCACACAAUAGUUGUCUGGCCAACAACAGUGAUGACAACCUCAUGCUAUACAGAUUCUAGUGUGUACUGUUGUAAAUAGACUGCUGCAAAUGAAUGUCUCUCAAUAAGAAUCUGUGCUUUUAAACAUUUUAAUAGCAUUUAAGAUUAAAUUACAUUUUGCAAAAAUCCCAACGGUAUUUUAAGGGAUAGUGAUGACUUUUUUUUAAAGAGCUUUUGUGACGAUAUGUAGAUAACUAUCUUACCCACAGUCUAAUGAAAUCUUAACGUUUCAGGCAAAACUUUAACUUGCUGUGUAUAUUUUUUCUCUUUGUUCGUAGCAGAACUUUGCUCAGAGGGAACCAUUUUUCACCUUCAGUUUUACAUCACAUGUUGCAAAUUUAAAUGUCCUUGUUACAGACCCUCCAUGGUGGUCCUUUGUAAGCAGCCAGUUAAGUUAAACUUAACAACGGAUUAAAGUUGAAAGGGGAUCUUUGAGUCUGUAAUUAUUUUAACAAGACUGUAGACUCUGAUUAGGUUAUGUGGUAGUUUCAUCCUCUGGGAAAAACAAAUCUCUGUUUCUUAAGAGCAGUAAGAUAUAAAAUGGCCACAACUGCUUUACAAAAGCCUGCUUUGCUUUAAGAAGAAUGUUUUGUGAUGAAAGAAUUAAUUCUUUUUAUUCUUUUGAAUUAAAACCCUUAUUAAAAAGCACUUUUUGGAUUAAGUUGAAAA